AUGUAUACGACGCUCAGCCCCUGCGACAUGUGCACGGGCGCCUGUAUCCUGUACAAGGUGGCCAGGGUGGUGAUCGGCGAGAACAAGAACUUCGUCGGCGGCGAGGACUAUCUCCGCCAGAGGGGCGUCGAGGUCGUGGUGCUGGAGAACGACGAGUGUAAGGAGCUCAUGCGGAAAUUCAUCGAGACUAAGCCUCAUGUUUGGAACGAAGAUAUCGGCGAGCAGUGA